AUGGCAGACUUUCCAUCCAUGAUGAAAGUUUACAUCCAGAAGAAUGACCAAUCCCAUAUUGGCAUCAGUCUCUGCGAUGGAAGCCCGGACAAGUGUAUUGCCUUCGUUCAGAAGCACGCUGGCUAUGACUCUACGCCUCUCGGGAUGGCCGCAGGUAUUACGCUGCACAUGGGGACAAACAAAAAGGGUGCUAUCAUUGCGGCAGCUGGAUCAACCUCCUUCAACUCCAGCCCUCUCUACAUGUUCAACGCCAACUCGAUUAUCGUGAUCCCCCGGCUCGGCUGCGAGGAAAAGCGCGUGACAACACCAACGGUGCGCGAAGAGAUGCGAGCUGCUACGUCCCCUGUCUACGGGGUGGUGUUUCGCUUUUCUAUCGAGGUUGGUGAUGACGACGACAUUCGCCGAGAAAGGGUUGAGUGGCGGAGGCUAGAGAAAGCCCCGGAUUUUGAUUCCAAGUAUGGAUUCCAGCUUGUGAGACUUGAGGCCCGUAAGGCCGCUUCAGCCUCAGCAGACAAGGACGGCGAAACGGUUGCUUUACUAUCGAUUGAUAGAUUCCUAUCCAAGAAUCCCCACCGAUGUACAAUCCGCCUUAUGGGCAGCGCGGAGUCAGGGGAAGUGGGCUAUCGGUGCAAACUUAUGAUUGUCAUCACAGCACUGAGGGUUUACCGACUGGUAAUGGAAGGCAAGGGAGGCAAGAAAUAUGUCAAGAUUUCCGAGACAUUGCGAGGAGGCGCGGAGUGA